UCCAAAUGAUUCAGUUCGAGUGUUUAGUUCCCCUGGAUAGCACGUGUUGUUCGUAUAGGUUCUAAACUUAAGCUCCAAGCCAAAUGGCGUCGAUAAACUUGUUAUCAAUUUUGAUAAUUGCGAUAUGCAGCACGCUAGGCCUUGCUAUCGACACAAAUUAUCUUUUCAAUUCGGAUCGAUUCCCAGAAGCCAGCAGCGUGCCGACACUUUCGAACGGAAAUCUCGGAUUUACUGUAUUUAGUGACAGCGUCUAUUUGACUGGAGUUUACAAUGGACGUGAAUCUCAGAGUCAUCGUGCUCGUAUUCCGAACUACGCUAACAUACAAUUGGAAACAUGCAGCUAUCCGGAAACUAAUCCACCUUACUGUUCCUACCAGUUGGACAUUAAGUUUGGGCGAUUUCAAACGGUGUACGACGACCCUAACGGGCUACUGCGGCUCAUCCACACCGUUUACCCACAUCGGUACUUAAAUCAUGUUAUCGUCAACCAUAUUCGGAUUCAACGCCUGAGUGGUCAGGGUACUCUGUACGCAAACAUUCGACGAACUACGGGAUCGCCGUCUGCCGAUAUUUCCUUCGAUGCUCCUCAAUAUGUGGACAUUCGGGACAAGACGUUCCUGUAUCAAUGUGGCCUUACCAAUGAGGUCGAAGACACGGCGCUUCAAGCAGAGAGAAAGACGGUGUGCGUAUACUACAGUGAAAUACCGGCAACUCUAAUGUUAUCGGAAGAUCGUACCGCCGAAGAUUUUAGUUUCUAUACAGUGUUUGCGCGAAGUCAAGCGAACGCUGAAGAGGAACUUCGUUUGUUAACAAUGAGUACUGCAUCGAAUUUGGAUCGGAUCCAAGAAACGCGUAUGAACAGCAUGUGGGAUCAGUACGGGAUCACUGUUGAUGGAAACGAUGAACUUGAUCGAGCCAUCAAAUCUAGCGCUUUUCAAUUGUUCAGCAAUAUUCCCACCCUGUAUACUCCGAAUUCUGUGCAAACUUUCGGGAUAUCGCCUUCCGGGAUUGGUCGGAAUGAUUUUCAAGGACACGUCAUGUGGGAUUACGACAUGUGGAUGUUCCCUAUUGUAUUGCUUACAGAUCCAACCGUUGCACAAAACAUGUUGACUUACAGGACAAGAAUCAUGCAAGAAGCAGUUCAGCGCAAUGCAGAGUUGAACAACAUUGAAGGAUGGCAAUAUCCUUGGGCUUCUGCCUUCACCGGUAGGGAGGUAACAUCGACACCUGGCGCGGCCGAACUACAACAUCACAUCACAGCAGAUAUCGCAUUUGCUAUUAGGUUGUUCUUGUACGCUACGGACAAUUUACCCUGGUUGAGAACAGAAGGGUGUGAUUUGGCUUUCAAUACUGCACGGUUUUGGAUGCGUCGAGCCGUUUAUAACUCUACCACGGAUAAGUAUGACAUUCGUGCGGUGACCGGACCGGACACUAUGAACUCCAACGUAAUCAACAACGUGUUCACUAACGUCGUAGCUGCACACAACCUGUUCCUCGGCGAAUACGCUGGAUGUGUAUGUGAAUCAUUUUUAAAUCUUCAAAAUGAAGAUUUGAACGAAAUGCUUCGUACAGCAAGAGCCUUGCAUUUAUUGCACGACUCUGAUAACGACUUCAAUCCCCAAUUCGAAGACUACGCCGUAGGACGACAAAUCGCUCAAGCCGAUGCCGUUUUGCUAGGUUACCCUCUCGACCUCGCAAUAGAGAAUUCGACAAAACGAAACAACUUGAACAUCUAUGGUUCGUAUACUUCAGCUAGCAGUUCAGCAAUGACCUGGUCGAUGCACACGAUCGGAUGGCUCGAACUAGACGAGCUGACCUUAGCUGCGGACAAUCUGCGCCGAAGCUAUCAGCCAUAUCUACGUUCGCCGUUCAACGUGUGGAACCAAGGUCCUGUCGAAUUCCCAGGAGCACCCAAUUAUGUCUCCGGUGCCGCCAGCUUUUUGCACACAAUGAUAAACGGCUACGGCGGGAUCCGACUGCGUGACGGUGAGAUGGUCAUCAGACCGAGGCUACCUCCUGGAACUACGCGCCUUAGCAUUCCGACAAUCAACUUCAACAGGUUCCGGUUCUCAUUGGAGGUACAUCAGGAUGGAACAUUCACGAUCAUGCAGCAAGCUAUACCAACUGCGCCCACGAUACAAAUAAUCAUCGAUGGAGUGUCGCAUGAACCGUGUGGCCUCAAUACAGCCUGUGCUUUUCAUGGUACCCAUUCGGCCAUCUUGAAAUUGGUGCGAUCCGAUACAAAAUGCCAGUUGAAACCAACUGAGCUGAACAUCAGGCUUGCCGAUCAGAAUCAUGCAGUAGCUGCUAGGAUAAGCCCAAUGAUUUUCGUUAGCAUUGUGAUUGCGUCGGUGUUGAAUAAAUUCGUGUAAUAAUGUAAACAAUGUAA